AAACGCCGGGAAGAGUUCGUGCUGCGCCUGAGGACCUCCGAGCUGCUGAGCUUGGUGGGGCUCAUCCUGGCGGAAUCGGAAAGCAGGACCCCCAACCCCAAGGAGAGCGGCUGUUUGGUCACCCAGUCCCGGCUGCCCCUCCUCCUGAGCUGCUGCCAUGGAAACAUGCAGAGGAUCCAAAGGGUCACCGAGCACCUGAUCUCCUCCAUCCAGAAGUGGGGAAAGAGGCACCUGCCGAUGAUGGCCGCCCUCCUGCAUGGCCGGAUCCACCUCAACUUCCAGGAAUUCCGCCAGCAGAAGCACCUGGCUUUCUUCCUGCACGUGCUGGGAAUUCUAGAGCUCCUACAGCCGCACGUUUUCCAGAACGAGCACCAGGGGGCGCUGUGGGACUGUCUCCUUUCCUUCAUUCAGUUGCUUCUGAGCUACCGGAAGUCUUCUCGCCACCUGGCCUGCUUCAUCACCAAAUUCGUGCAGUUCAUUCACAAGUACAUCACCUCCAACGCUCCGGCCGCCGUCUCCUUCCUGCAGAAGCACUCCGAUCCCCUCCACGACCUGUCCUCGGACAGCAAUGACCUGGCGAUGCUGAAAUCUCUUCUGGCUGGUCUCAGCUUGCCCAGUCGGGCUGGUGCUUCGGAUCGCGGAGCUGAGGAUGAAAAGAACGAUGAGGCGGCAGCCGGAUCUUUGCCCCUGGUCAGCGUCUCCCUCUUCACGCCACUCACCCCCGCUGAGAUGGCCCCCUACAUGAAGAGCCUAUCCAGGGGUCAGAACGUCGAGGGUGGCUUUGCGAUGGUGCAGCCCAUCAAGUCAGGAUCAUCUGAUUAUUCAGGCAUCCCCCAAACUCCUGUGGUUGAAAAUGCCCAGCAUGUCCUAACUAACAUCCUGUUUUGA